CGGUGGGCAGCGGUUUCCAGACUGACAAAGUGAGCGUAGUCACUUUAUAACCCCCAACACGUCAAUGAAGUUGGUAGAUAGGAGAGCAGUUAGCGAGAAGAUUCCGCUCCAAUCUCAUUGUUUAUCAGUUCCUAGCGCUAUGUUAAUAUUAACUUAGAAUAACUCUUUCUAAAAUCUCACACGUUCACACCAGACACUUGACUGUUAACAAAGCGAACUUUAUUGGGGACUUUUUGAGUGUUUUUCAUAAUGGAGGAUCGGAAGGAAGAGAACGAGGCAGAGAUUCAAGAACACGGACCGGAGCAUUGGUUUUCAAACUGGGAGAGGCAGUGCCUCGCCGAGGCCGACCAAGGAGAGCCGAGCGAAGAGGAGGUCGACCAAAACCGAGAAAAACUCUGGCAUAUGUUUCAAAAUUCGGCUACCGCGGUAGCGCAGCUUUAUAAAGAUCGAGUUUGCCAUCAACAAGGACUGUCCCUGUGGGCGCCGUUUCAGAAUGCAGCAACAGCCGUCACCAAUCUGUACAAAGAAAGCGUGGAUGCACAUCAGCGUAGCUACGAGCUCGGGAUCCAGACGGGUCAACAGAGACGCAACAAGGAAAUGUUGGCCUGGGUAAAGAAGCGAAGGAGGACCAUCCGGAGAGAGGAUUUAAUCAGCUUCCUGUGUGGCAAAACGCCGCCUCCGAGGGUCUCCAGAGCCACACCCAGAAUCCCACCCAACCGACCGCCUUCGUCAGAUACGGUCUCCUCUGUGGAAACAGACCUGCAGCCUUUCCGCGAAGCCAUCGCACUGCACGGUCUGAGCGGUGCGAUGGCCAGCAUCAGUGUGCGUUCCGGUACUCCGGGUUCUCCCACCCACGUGAGCGGCGGCUCAAACCCAGGCCGCAGGAGAAACGGCCUCCAUGACGUCGACUUGAACACUUUUAUAGCGGAGGAGAUGGCGCUGCACCUGGAGAAUGGCAGCGGCAGGAAGCGCACGAGUGCCCAGUGCAGCGACGUCAUCACGGACUCGCCGACCCACAAACGCAACAGGACGAUCUGAGCUCGAGAACACACACACACACACACACACACACACACACACACACACACACACACACACACACACACACACACACGUGCUGCUCGAAAAUAAAGCCACUUAAUCCUCAGUAUGUUUCUGUUCCAGUUUGAAAGGAAGCCAUUGAACGUGUAACGAACGCAGAUGCUGUUGUACCUCGACGUUCACGUUAUUUCACUGAUUUUGCCACAUGAUGAUUAACACGUAGACUCUGAUGGGUUAAAAAAGGGACGCAUCACCCGAAAAUGCUCACUUAGUGCUGAUCAGCUAGCUUUAACACGUGACACAGUUUUAUGUAGAACCAAAAAUCCAGGGGGUGGAGCCAGACCUGAUCCAACUCCUCUAACCCCUAAACCAACAACACAUUUAGAAUGUUGAAUUGUCUCUGCCCAGGUAGUAGCAGCUGGAUAAGGUCUGACUCCACCCUCUGGAUAUUUUUUUUCUGCAGUGAAGGAUACUUGCUGCUUUUUCACCUCUCGACCAACACUGAGGACAAGCUGGCGUUGAGGGGGGAAAAUAGAAGCAGAUUUUUGACAUCAAAUUUGAAAUAUUUCAUCGCCAACUGAUAUUUUUGGGUGAGGUUCUCCGCCAAAUGCUGCCAUAAUCAACAAACGAUAGUGACUGUGCAUUAUAUAUAACAGUAUUGCCACUUUAUUCACAUGGAGCGUUCCGGAGUUUCUAGGAUUUGAAUGGUUUAUUUGUUACAAAAGCCACGUUAAUGUAUAUAUUUAAUAUAUAUUAUUUGAUUUGUUUUGCCUUCAUCAUGCUUUUCAUUGCAUAUCAUGACGUUUUUAUUAUUUUCUGUUGAACAUACAGUCUCUGGGGGGGGAACUAGUGUUGUGGAGAUCAUACCUUUUAAUGUGUGGAGGAAAUGUGGAUUCAGUCUACCUUUUUAAAACAGUAAGAUUGGCCAUUUCAAGCUUCAGUAUAUGCUUUACUCACAUUACCGUGUAAAGAUGCAUAUUAAAGGUAUGACCUCAAUUGAAUACGAUGCCACCGCCAAGGAAAUGUACAAUUCAGUACCCCCCCCCCCCCCUUUUAAAAUUUAAAAACAAUUUUUUUAAAUCCCCCCCGGUGUGUAUGGAGAGCAUUAUUUCCAUUCAAAGCUGCUGCUUCUUUGGAUAUGAUUCGGUUGCAAUAAAAAUAACAUUGAGCUUAUCUUUAAACGUUCGUACAUCUUUUACAAUUUUUUUUCUUUCUUUCUUUCUUUUUGUGCAAUGAUUAAAGGGUCUGUGGCUCAAAAUUAUGUUGAAGAGGAAACUUUAUUGCUGAUGUACUUGAAAUGAAAGAAACCUGUGUUUCUUAAAGGACGCCUUGUAAGGAUGUGAUGCUAGGAAAUAAAACGAACAAAACAAACAGAUUUUUACACCUGAUCUGGAAUAUUGACCAUGUACCUUUACACACCACUCAAACUUAACAUUUAUACUGUAUUAAUGAUUUAAUACAGAAGUCUUUGGAUUAGAGUUUUAAAGAUUAUCAUUAUUGAUUUAGAUUUUAUGAUGAGAGACAAUGAAGCAGAUUUUGGUAUUUAAGUAGGUAAAUGUUUUGAAUUGUUGGUAUUUGAAAAAUGUUGAAAAAAAUGUUUCAAUCCCAAAUCACAUGACCGUCAUGACUCUUUCUCCUUUCUUUCUACUUUUCAUCGUCUAAUGUUACAAAACACUACCCUUCCCAGGUUAUGUAGGAUCCACUAACCCUUUAUUUCCAUUUUUCCAUAAAAUGAAAAAAUUGAUUAAAAAAAAUAAAGAUUUUUGUCCCUGAAAAUGACUCGGUUACAGUUUGACUUUGUCGUAUGUACAAAAAAAACCCAAAAAACAAAAAUGUGAAGUUUACAGCAUUCUGCCACAGAAAUGUUAGUAAAUUAUUUGCUGAAAUAAAACAAAAUGUCUUAA